AUGAAUGUGACGAAGAAGCUGUGGUCCAUGGCCCGUAUGAUCCUGCCUGGUGUGGGAUUUGCGCUGACCUGCACCGGGGUCUACUUGGUGUCUCUGUGGAAAGAUGACGGGAACACGUGGAGGGUGAUCCCUGCCUACGUCAUGAUUAUGUUCGGCUUCGUGGUUGCGCUUAUCGGAGUCUUUUGGACCAUCUGCCACAGCGUGAGGAGCAAGACACACCAGAGAGGAAGACACGAGCAACACGUCCAUGUCUACUCUAUAGAAAGACCGAGCUCCUUCCCUCCAUCGUACGAAGAGUCCCAGGGCAGCCAGCUGCGUCCUGAUACAGCCCCUGAGUACGUGGUUGUGGCUGACGGGGUGGAUGUGGUGCUGAGCCUCGCUCCUCCUCUGUACAGCCGGGACGGCUCGGAGGCUCCAGACUGCUCGUGGAGCUGGGAGCAGCCUCCCCGGUACAGUCAAGUCGAGCGCCCUCCUCAGGAGAGGGAGGCCUCGUCCGGACACUGA